AUGCUCAAAUCUUUCAAAGUUAGUGAUAUUGAUAAUGAUUAUGAUGAUAAGAUUUUAGUAACAAAACUUAAAUUAACAAAAAAUGAAUACAAUGCAACAAUACGUAAUAAACUUGAACAUAAUCGUCUUAAAAUUAUUAACAAACAUAUUAAUGGUCAUCAUGACAUAAAUGCAUGUAAAUUACAAUCGGCUAUGCAUGAUUUUCGAAAAUAUUCAAAUUAUAAUCAAAGAACUGUUCGUAAUGUUGACGAAUUUUUUAUGAAUAGAAAGGUAAAAUUUUGA